CGUACAGCAACAUGUCUAUUCUUUUUCUAUUUAUUAUAAAAGUUUUUUAGUAGGAAUUAUUUAUUAUUUAGUCAAAAUUGUGAGAAAAAUUUUUUUAAAAUGGAAAACGAUGUUGGCCAUAUGGAGGAGGAAUCAAUCGAAAGGAGGAGAGUGACAACCUUGGAAGAAUGUUCCCAUAUAAUCGGGGUGAACGACGCGGCUCGUUACAACAGAGAAGCGUUUAAACAACUUUUGCUGGAUCCGACCUUGAUGGAGAAAAUAUUUUCAUUAUUCGAUCAAAAUCAGGAUAAAAUAUUGACGCAAGAUGAAUGGAUCGAAUUCUUAAAAGGAAGAUUGAAAAAUGACAAACCAAACGAUUUUAUUCUCCAACUCGAGAACGUUACAUAUAGUAUAUGUGGUGAUAAUCCAAUAACUUUCUCGAAAUUUCAACAAAUAUUUUCUACUAAAGAGAUCGUAGAUAAAUUAUUUCGACGAAUUGAUCAAGAAAAUUUAGGAUAUGUCACAUCCUUUCAAAUAAUGGAAUUUCUCGCAAGCAUCAGUGAUACAAGACCACUCGCUGGUUUCGACGAGCACAGUUUGGAAUGGCUGGGAAAGCUUUUUAAACAGACGGUGGGCAAUGAAAAGGAAAUCAGACGCGAAGAAUUUAACAAAAUCGUCAUUUCGAAGAACCCGUUUUUCACUGAUAGAGUAUUCCAAAUUUUCGACAAGGAUAAUUCUGGAACGAUAUCACUUCAAGAAUUCCUCGAUGCAAUGCAUCAGUUUGCGGGAAAAAGUCCUGACGAUAAAAUCAAAUUUCUUUUUAAGGUUUACGACAUAGACGGUGACGGAUUGAUACAACUUCGUGAAUUGGAACACGUGAUGAGAGUUUGUAUGGAAGAAAAUGGAAUACAAUUUAAUGAGGAACAAAUUAAGGAAUUGACUAUAGCGUUAUUUGAUGAUGCUGAUCAAGCUAAUCGAGGUGCCAUCACGUUUGAAGCUUUGAAAAAACAAUUGGAGAAACAUGAAGGAUUAUUAGAAAAUCUAUCGAUUAGUAUUGACCGAUGGCUAGUACCGCCAAAACCAGAAAUGAAGCAAAAAUCACACUUAGAAUUCCUUACCUCGUUGCGCCCUUAUCAAUUAACGAAGCCAUAUGUGAAGAACAAUUAUGUUUAUAUCCUUUUCAUCUCAAUCUUCAUCUCAAUCAAUAUGGCCUUAUUCGUAACAAGGCUCUACGAAUAUAGAACAUCUAAUGGCUAUGUCAUGCUUGCGCGUGCCUGUGGUCAGUGCUUAAAUUUCAACUGCAGUUUUAUCUUGGUUCUUAUAUUGCGUCAGUGCAUUACCUUUCUACGAACUCAUGGUUUCAAUUCUGUAUUACCAUUGGAUCAACACAUCUAUCUUCAUAAGCUAACUGGAAUUCUAAUCGGUAUCUUCAGUAUAGUACAUACACUGAUGCAUCUUCUCAAUUUUGGUACUAUCGUGGUAUAUGACGAAAUUCUUAAUUCCAAUAAUUAUACAAUAUCUGAAUGGUUGUUAACAAGUCGUCCAGCUCUAUUUGGACUUGUAGAAGGCUUCGCAAAUCCAACUGGAAUUAUUCUUAUCAUUCUUCUUGUCAUAAUAAUGAUGUGCUCCAUGCCGUUUGUUCGACGUGGUGGAUGUUUCGAGGUAUUUUACUGGUCACACUUAUUAUACGUACCAUUCUGGAUAUUGAUGAUAUUACAUGGACCGAAUUUCUGGAAAUGGUUCGUAGGUCCAGGCAUCAUGUAUUUGUUGGAAAAAAUACGUCGAAUUGCCUGGUCUCGGUCACAAUUAGGAAAAACAUACAUAAGUUCAGGCCUUUUGUUGCCAUCGAAAGUGACUCAUUUAGUCAUCAAGAAACCUCCACAUUUCGUCUUUCAUCCCGGCGAUUAUGUUUUCGUCAAUAUUCCGGUUAUAGCUCGUUAUGAAUGGCAUCCUUUCACUAUUAGCAGUGCGCCAGAACAAGAAGGAUAUAUUUGGCUACACAUACGAGCGGUAGGUGAAUGGACGAAUAGCCUUUACUCAUAUUUUGACAAAGAACAAGUGAAACUUCAGAGGAACAGUAUAUUUUCUAACAAAAAUUGCAGCAACACUAAUACUCCGAAGAAAAUAUAUCUUAACGAAGAACAAAAACUAACGGCGAAUGACAAGAUACUUUCGUCCACUAAAACAAACAGAAAUCAUCGUGGUUUCGACAAUCCUGUAUUUGUUUCUAAUAAUGAAAAAAUAACGCACUCGCCACAAUCUGCAAUUGAUAUAGCAGAUAUUAAUAAAAUCUCGAACGAGAAGAAACUUCAUCACUCUUUAUUUGUUAGUAAAAUGCCUUUAGAAAAGUCUAUUUCAGUACCUAAUAUGCUGCCAGAAGAGAAGAAAAAUGACAGAUUAACAGUCCUUCGUGAUUAUACGAGAUCAGAAUCAGAAAGAAACUUCAACGACCGUCAAAUGCAACAUGCGCGUUUAAAAUCUUUAGACCAGAUUUAUUCCAGCCCGCAGAAUAAGGAAUUGGCUCAAAGCUUCCGAUAUAUGCGGAACAAACCCACUAUAAUUGCUUUCAAGACUCCAAGUCUGGAAAAUUAUGAAUCAGAAUCAAGAACAUCUAUAAAUGAAUAUACAUCACAAACAACUACAGAUGAAUACAGAAGAAAAUCAUCGAACAAUCUAAAUAUAAUUCAAGCAGCAGAGGAAGGCAGACUCCAAGAGACUUCAAACAGAAAUUCUGAUGAUGAUAUCAAAUCUGAUUCACGUUUAGCACUAAACUAUACCGUUGGAAAGCCAUUGGAGAUCUUUUUGGAUGGACCAUAUGGAGCUCCUUCAAGUUAUAUAUUUCAAGCGCAACACGCAGUUUUAAUCGCAACAGGAAUUGGAGUAACACCUUUCGCUUCAAUAUUACAAUCAAUUAUGCAUCGUUACUGGAAAGCCAGGCAUACUUGUCCAAAAUGCAAAUUUUCUUGGGCCAGUGAAAUUCCUCCCACUGUGAUGCAUCUUCGAAAAGUAGACUUUUUCUGGAUUAAUAGAGAUCAACGAUCCUUCGAGUGGUUUGUGAAUUUAUUAUCCCAACUAGAAAUGGAACAAGCAGAGUUAGGCGUUGCUAUGGAACGUUUUCUUGAGAUGCACAUGUAUAUUACCAGUGCUUUGCAGAAAAAUGAUAUGAAAGCUGUUACUUUACAAUUAGCUAUGGACUUAGUUCAUCAAAUGGAAAAGCGGGAUCUUAUAACAGGUUUGAAAACACGGACAAACGCUGGCCGACCAAAUUGGGAUAAGGUAUUCAAACAGCUUCAAGAACAGAAAAAAGGUAAAGUGACGGUCUUCUAUUGUGGCCCACCGCAACUGGCAAGAAUUUUACGUUAUAAAUGUGAUCAAUUCGGUUUUAGCUUCAGAAAAGAAUCAUUUUAAACUUUUUAAAAAGAGAAUUACACUGUACUACGAGAUAUAUUUAUAAAAUUCCUGUUUAUCAUCAAUUUUUUUCUAAAAGUAAUGAUACAUCUUCAUCUACAACUAAAUUUUCCAUUGUGUAAUAUUAUGUUGUUGAAUGUUACUUAAUUUUUUCUUGUUGAAGAAUCAGUAUGAUCUUUUCAAUAAUACCAUCCAAGUACAAAAAUUUUAUUUCAUGUUGUUCAUAAUUCUUGCCGUUUCAUGCAUCAACCAAAUUGUCAUUAAUACAACAAGAAAAUUUAUUUGACGUUCUGUCAUAGUUAAAUUAUCGUCAUCAUUUCGUUAAAUAAAUCAACGAUAGUCAAAUUUGUAAUCAGAAUUCGAUAUUCGACUAAUUUCAAAUGUAUAAUAAUUCACAAUAUAAUCUGAUAAUUCCUGUGUUUUGUUAAUUACUUUCUCGAAUUGCUAAAUAUAAACAAAAUUUUGAUCACUGAUGUUUGUA